GGGAGCCCGCGGAGGCUGCUGCAGCAGCCCGAGCCGGCGCCCGAGGCCGGGGAAGGCCCCCGCGAGCGCGGGGAGGGGCCGGAAAGUUCCGGCGAACUGGGGGAGCGGCAGUGGGAGAGCGUGGGGAGGGAGGCGGUGGUCCUGGGGGCGGCCCCGGAGCGCCGAAGCCGCCCGGAGCUGGUGGGGAGGGCCCGGCCGGUGGGGCCCCGGGGGCCUGCGGGGGAGGGGCGCCUGGGGGUGCAGGAGGCGAAUUGGCUGCCCGGAGUGCAGGAGGGGCAGGUGGUGCGGGCUGUGCAGGAAACCUACCUGAACGGAAAGGAGCCCCAGGAGGGGGAGGGACCCGGCGAGGGGCUCAGGACCCGGAGGCGCCGGCGGAGGAGGAGGUGGUGACUGGCAGGCCGCCGCCCGGGCCCCACGGUGCCUCCGGAGCUGAAGGGAACGCAGGAUGUAGGGGCGUGGGGAGUCGGGCACAGAAGAGUGCGGGGAACCGGGGAGCUCUGCGAGCCACUGCCUGAGGGUAGGCCCGGCCCGCGGGAACGUCUUCUGCUCGCUCAGCCUGGGCAUCGCUGAAGCUGUGUCUGCGGGGAGGCAGCGGAAGGCGGCAGAGGCUGGGAGGCGGCAGCAUGCAGCCGGAGGAGGGCACAGGCUGGCUGCUGGAGCUGCUGUCCGAGGUGCAGCUGCAACAGUACUUCCUGCGGCUCCGAGAUGACCUCAAUGUCACCCGCCUGUCCCACUUUGAGUACGUCAAGAAUGAGGACCUGGAGAAGAUUGGCAUGGGCCGGCCUGGCCAGCGGCGGCUGUGGGAGGCUGUGAAGAGGAGGAAGGCCUUGUGCAAACGCAAGUCGUGGAUGAGUAAGGUGUUCAGUGGAAAGCGACUGGAGGCUGAGUUCCCCCCUCAUCACUCUCAGAGCACCUUCCGGAAGACCUCGCCUGCCCCUGGGGGCCCAGCAGGGGAGGGGCCCCUGCAGAGCCUCACCUGCCUCAUUGGGGAGAAGGACCUGCGCCUCCUGGAGAAGCUGGGCGAUGGCUCCUUUGGCGUGGUGCGCAGGGGCGAGUGGGACGCGCCCUCAGGGAAGACGGUGAGUGUGGCUGUGAAGUGCCUGAAGCCCGACGUCCUGAGCCAGCCAGAAGCCAUGGACGACUUCAUCCGGGAGGUCAACGCCAUGCACUCGCUCGACCACCGAAACCUCAUCCGCCUCUACGGGGUGGUGCUCACGCCGCCCAUGAAGAUGGUGACAGAGCUGGCACCUCUGGGAUCGCUGUUGGACCGGCUACGUAAGCACCAGGGCCACUUCCUCCUGGGGACUCUGAGUCGCUACGCUGUGCAGGUGGCUGAGGGCAUGGGCUACCUGGAGUCCAAGCGCUUUAUUCACCGUGACCUGGCUGCCCGCAAUCUACUGUUGGCUACUCGAGACCUGGUCAAGAUCGGGGACUUUGGGCUGAUGCGAGCACUACCUCAGAAUGACGACCAUUACGUCAUGCAGGAACAUCGCAAGGUGCCCUUCGCCUGGUGUGCCCCCGAGAGCCUGAAGACACGCACCUUCUCCCAUGCCAGCGACACCUGGAUGUUCGGGGUGACGCUGUGGGAAAUGUUCACCUAUGGCCAGGAGCCCUGGAUCGGCCUCAAUGGCAGUCAGAUCCUGCAUAAGAUCGACAAGGAGGGGGAGCGGCUGCCCCGGCCUGAGGACUGUCCCCAGGACAUCUACAACGUCAUGGUCCAGUGCUGGGCUCACAAGCCAGAGGACAGACCCACAUUUGUGGCCCUGCGGGACUUCCUGCUGGAGGCCCAGCCUACGGACAUGCGGGCCCUUCAGGACUUUGAGGAGCCAGACAAACUGCACAUCCAGAUGAAUGACGUCAUCACCGUCAUCGAGGGAAGGGCCGAGAACUACUGGUGGCGUGGCCAGAACACGCGGACGCUGUGUGUGGGACCCUUCCCUCGCAACGUGGUGACCUCCGUGGCCGGCCUGUCGGCCCAGGACAUCAGCCAGCCCCUGCAGAACAGCUUCAUCCACACGGGGCAUGGCGACAGUGACCCUCGCCACUGCUGGGGCUUCCCAGACAGGAUCGACGAACUGUAUCUGGGAAACCCCAUGGACCCCCCCGACCUGCUGAGCGUGGAACUGAGCACCUCCCGGCCCCCCCAGCAUCUAGGAGGGGUGAAAAAACCAGCCUAUGACCCUGUGAGUGAGGACCAGGACCCCCUGUCCAGCGACUUCAAGAGGCUGGGCCUGCGGAAGCCAGGCCUGCCCCGAGGGCUGUGGCUGGCGAAGCCCUCAGCGCGGGUGCCGGGCACCAAGGCCGGCCGAGGCAGCGGGGCCGAGGUCACGCUCAUUGACUUUGGUGAGGAGCCCGUGGUCCCGGCCCUGCGGCCCUGUGCGCCUUCCCUGGCACAGCUGGCCAUGGACGCCUGCUCCCUGCUGGACGAGACCCCGCCCCAGAGCCCCACGCGGGCACUGCCCCGGCCCCUGCACCCCACGCCUGUGGUGGACUGGGAUGCCCGCCCGCUGCCCCCUCCGCCCGCCUAUGACGAUGUGGCCCAGGAUGAGGAUGACUUUGAGGUCUGCUCCAUCAACAGCACCCUGGUGGGCAUGGGGGUCCCUGCUGGGCCCAGCCAGGGCGAGACCAACUACGCCUUUGUGCCUGAGCAGGGGCGGCCGCCCCCUCCCCUGGAGGACAACCUGUUCCUCCCGCCCCAGGGUGGGGGCAAGCCGCCCAGCUCUGCGCAGACCGCAGAGAUCUUCCAGGCACUGCAGCAGGAAUGCAUGAGGCAACUGCAGGUUCCGGCCGGCUCCCUGACCCCCUCUCCCAGCCCAGGGGGUGACGACAAGCCCCAGGUGCCCCCCCGGGUACCCAUCCCCCCUCGGCCCACGCGCCCACACGUCCAGCUGUCUCCAGCCCCCUUGGGCGAGGAGGAGACGGGUCGGUGGCCUGGACCUGCCUCCCCUCCCCGGGUACCUCCGCGGGAGCCCCUGUCCCCUCAAGGCUCAAGGACACCCAGCCCCCUGGUACCACCUGGUAGCUCCCCACUGCCACCCCGACUCUCAAGCUCACCUGGGAAGACCAUGCCCACCACCCAGAGCUUUGCCUCAGACCCCAAGUACGCCACCCCCCAGGUGAUCCAGGCGCCUGGCCCUCGGGCCGGUCCCUGUAUCCUGCCGAUUGUCCGGGAUGGCAAGAAGGUCAGCAGCACCCACUAUUAUUUGCUGCCUGAGCGGCCGUCCUACCUGGAGCGCUACCAGCGCUUCCUGCGUGAGGCCCAGAGCCCCGAGGAGCCGGUCCCCCUGCCUGUGCCCCUGCUGCUGCCCCCACCCAGCACCCCGGCCCCCGCCGCCCCCACGGCCACCGUGCGGCCGAUGCCCCAGGCUGCCUCGGACCCCAAGGCCAACUUCUCCACCAACAACAGCAACCCAGGGGCCCGACCACCAGCCCCGAGGGCCACUGCUCGGCUGCCACAGAGGGGCUGCCCUGGGGACGGACCAGAGGUGGGCCGGCCAGCAGACAAGAUCCAGAUGGCCAUGGUGCAUGGGGUGACCACAGAGGAGUGCCAGGCGGCCCUGCAGAGCCACGGCUGGAGCGUGCAGAGGGCUGCCCAGUAUCUGAAGGUGGAGCAGCUCUUCGGGCUGGGUCUGCGGCCCAGAGGGGAGUGUCACAAAGUGCUGGAGAUGUUCGACUGGAACCUGGAGCAGGCCGGCUGCCACCUUCUGGGCUCCUGGGGCCCUGCCCACCACAAGCGCUGAGACGUGUCUGGAGAGCCAGAGGACCUGGCUGAAGGAAUCGCCUGAGCCUGUCCAUCCACCAGGGGUAGGGAGAUGCUCCCGUCCAGGCCUGGAGGACCUGCUGCUCCCUGUUGCUCCUGGGGACAGAGCAAGGCCAAGGCAGUGGGAGGCUGGGAGCCCCGCCCUGCCCAUCCCUCCCGCACCAGCGCUGUCCCUGCAGACUUUGGUUCGGUGCCCCAGCCAAGAUGAGGAAGGGGCCCGGUGAAGACAGGCCUGGGGGCUGCCCCAGCAGGCUCUGGGUAUGACCUGCCUCUGGCCCGGGUCCUGGGUGGGGCCUGUGGCUGGAGUAGUGUCCCCAAACCCUGCCCUGGGUGACCAGACGGGGAGGAAACCUGACUGGACCUGGGCAGGCAGGAUGUGUUGGCCACAGAGAGAGGCGGACCAGCACCCAGUAGGACCUCCUAGGACUGGGCCUUCUUCCAGGGGGCCCCUGGCAGGCAGUUGGGGUGUCGGGCAGAAUGUGACGUGUGGCCUCACCAUGGACUUGAAUGGGACUUGGCUGGCCUCAGGAUCUCGUGCCUGGAAAUAGCCUGAGGUGGCUCAGGAGGCAGAGAAAGGGUGCCAGACCAUUCUGUGGCGGGGACCAGGGCCCAAGGCCCCAGGGCUGGAAGGAGACCAAGGGGCAGCCACCCUGGAGGGACAUCAGUGCUUCCUCUUCCACCCAACUUCCCGUGCGGUUCCACGUUUUCCCACCAGCCUGUCGGCAAAGUUGCUGCCCCAGCAUUCGGUACCUGCUUCUUCCGGAGAAAUAAAGUUAGUUUCUAUUUUACGUUA